AUCAUGCAGCGCGCGCGCCAGUCCUCCCUCACUCACUCACUCACUCACCCCGCAGUAGGAGACUCACAUCCAGGGAUCAGACUAAUGGCGGCCGGCAAAUCCGUGCGCUGACACGAAAUCUACAACAGCCGCUCAGGUGCCAGCCUAUUUCGUGGGGGGCAGGGGGACGUCGCAUUGCUACGCGAACGGCAAAGAAGGGCGGGUUGAGGGGAAACAAUCGGCGACUUCUAGCAGGACUUUCCUAUUUUUAAACAUGGAUGAACAGCCAGGCGGCGGUGGAGGAGGAGGAGGAGGAAUGGCCGCCCAGAGACAGCAGCAGCCCGCACCGCAGCAGGGCAACAACAGCAUUAAUCCCCAGAUCGCCAACGCUGGAGGAGCACCUAUGGUUCAACAACAGCAAGACGAGAUGCCCAGGCCCCAGCAGUACACUAUUCCGGGGAUUUUACACUACAUCCAACACGAAUGGGCCCGUUUCGAGAUGGAAAGGGCGCAUUGGGAAGUGGAGAGGGCCGAACUCCAGGCCCGAAUAGCGUUCCUCCAAGGAGAAAGAAAGGGUCAAGAAAAUUUAAAGAAUGACCUUGUUAGAAGAAUAAAAAUGUUAGAAUAUGCAUUAAAGCAAGAAAGAGCAAAAUACCAUAAAUUAAAAUAUGGGACAGAACUAAAUCAAGGUGAAGUAAAAAUGCCUAGCUUUGAAUCAGAAGAUACCAAAGAAACAGAGGUCUCUGCUAUACCUCAGAACAGCCAGUUAACAUGGAAACAGGGCAGGCAACUCCUCAGACAAUAUCUUCAGGAAGUAGGUUAUACGGACACAAUACUGGACGUUCGGUCGCAGAGAGUUCGGUCGUUACUGGGGCUGUCCGGCUCAGAGCAAAACGGUUCUGUGGAAACCAAGAACCUAGAGCAAAUUCUCAAUGGAGGAGAGUCUCCAGCCAAAAGAAAGGGACAAGAUAUGAAAAGGAAUCCAGAGGUUCUGGAGACAUUUAAUUUUUUAGAAAAUGCUGACGAUAGUGAUGAAGAGGAAUAUGAUGAGGGUGACAUAAUGGAGGACGUGCCUGACAGGAGCGAUAAACGCAGAAUAAAAAAACAUAAAAUUAAGGUAGGAAAUGAAGGUUUGGCUUCUGACUUGCCGGAUGACCCCGACACAGAGGAGGCACUGAAGGAGUUUGACUUCUUGGUGAAUGCAGAGGAUGGAGAAGGUGCUGGGGAGGCUCGGAGUUCAGGAGACGGCACAGAGUGGGCUGAGCCUCUGCCAUUCACGCCUGGUGGGGGCAAGUCCUUUAUCAUGGGCUCUGAUGACAUGUUGGAAAGUGUGCUGGGCCUGGGAGACCUCGCAGAUCUGACUGUGUCCAAUGACGAGGCUGAAUACAGCUAUGAUUUGCCAGCCAAUAAGGAUGCAUUCAGGAAGACAUGGAAUCCCAAAUAUACCCUGCGAAGCCACUUCGAUGGAGUCCGGGCCCUAGCCUUCCAUCCUGUGGAACCGGUGUUGGUCACAGUCUCAGAAGACCACACCCUCAAACUGUGGAACCUCCAGAAGACCGUUCCUGCCAAAAAAAGUGCCUCUUUUGAUGUGGAGCCCAUAUACACAUUUAGAGGGCAUGUUGGGCCUGUGCUCUCAUUGGCUGUGACCUCGACUGGUGAGCAGUGUUUUAGUGGUGGAAUUGAUUCAACAAUACAAUGGUGGAACAUCCCCAGCUCUAACGUAGACCCUUAUGACACAUAUGACCCCAGCGUGUUGGCUGGCACAUUGUUGGGUCACAGUGACGGAGUGUGGGGAUUGGCUUACAGUGGAAUCAAAAACCGGCUGCUCUCCUGUUCAGCUGAUGGGACGAUCAAGCUGUGGAACCCUCAGGAGAAGUCCCCAUGUCUAAGCACCUUCAACUCUGACAGAGUUCAUGGCGUUCCCACGUCGAUCGAUUUUAAUGGGUGUGAUCCAGCUCAUAUGGUGGCGUCCUAUAACACGGGAGAUGCUGUCGUUUACGAUCUAGAGACAUCACAGCCCGUCAUGGUAUUCGCCGCACAGGGAGAGAGCGCUAUUCCUUUUGGGAAUCACAUUAAUAAAGUAGUCACCCACCCCACCCUGCCAAUCACAGUCACCGCUCACGAGGAUAGACACAUCAAAUUCUUUGAUAAUAAAUCAGGUAAAGCCAUCCAUGCAAUGGUGGCUCACUUGGAUGCUGUUACUAGUCUGGCUAUAGAUCCAAAUGGCAUUUACUUGAUGUCAGGAAGUCACGAUAGUUCCAUCCGCUUGUGGAACCUGGACAGUAAGACAUGUGUACAGGAGGUUACCGCUCACAGGAAAAAGUCGGACGAGGCCAUAUACGACGUUGCCUUCCACCCAUCUAAGGCAUACAUAGGAAGUGCUGGAGCCGAUGCCCUGGCCAAAGUGUUUGUAUAAAAGCACGUCUGAAUUAACGCAUACGUAAAGACCGAGUGAAAGAAAGGACUGCUUCACUGCCUUGUGUAACAAGAGUAGCAUUUCUCACACUACAUUGAAGUGGCUUCCACCUUCGCUGUCAGACUCACACCAUACACAAAAUACCAGGUGCCAAGAAGGGGAUGUGCCGUUUUUUGCGAUGCCAGUGUGGAGUGCUCAAUCAGUUUUAAUCUUCUUUUUGUUUCCUCGAAAAAAGAAAAAAAGUAACUGUAAUUUACUGGAGUGAAACCAGUGUUUGUAGCCCAUCGACUGGUUUUGAACUGAGCUGAUAAUGUGUCCUGUAGGUAUGUUUCAGUGACCAUGGAGUGGUUAUGUUCAUCCAUCAGUAGAUUGUCACCGACCAUCAUCCGGGCACCAGAGGAACUGAGUCCCGCCCUGCCAAGCCAUAAACCAGACCCUAAUCUCAGUCGCCCUCCUCACCCUAAUGUAGUGUGCAAACAAAUACAGUUAAACUCGGUCAACCCUCAUACCUUUAGCGUUUGUCUCAUUUUUUGUGUAAAAAAAAGUAUAGUUUUUAUAAUCAAUUUUAUAUAAAUAAAGACUGUCAUAAAACCGCUGAAAAUCACAUUUUUUAAAGGGACUAUAAUCCCACUCAAGCCCUCCAUUUUAAGCGGUGGUCCUUCAUGAAGGUCUUGUGUCUCGGGAUGGAAGCCCUGGAUGAGUGCUCUCUUUGCGCAAACUACAUUGCUUUAACGUUGUUUUAUCAUCACGUAACGGAGAGACUACGCUAGCAGUGGCACGGCGCGUGGUGCCCGAGAGAUUUUAGGAAUCUACGAAUAAACUGCAGCAUCCUGUCACUAUGUGAUGUUUCUGUACACCUUACUGUAAAAUGAGUUUAAGUAUCACAGGUUAGAGAUCCGAACGUUAUUGGCUGAUUUAUUUAUUUUCAGUUUGUGUGGAUAGUCUUAUCCUUUGAUGGCAAGUAAAAGAUUGGGAUGUUGCUAUCCAAACGGAACAGGUAAUCCGAUAGGAAAUUAACAUAGGUAAAUAAAUUUUUUUAGACGUACAGUUUCUUAGUUGGCUGGGUUUAAAUUCACCUCAAAACCUUUUUUUUUUCAAAUCAAGAGAGAAACGUUUUCAAAGUUAAAGGGAUAAUUCACACUAGGAAAAAAACAGUCAUCAUCUCACCCUCAUGUCUUUACAAACCUGUGUGACUGUUUCUUCUGUGGGCAUGAAACAGUUUUGAGAAAUGUCUCAAUGUUGUCGUCCCCCUCCCCCUGUUGUUCCGCGUAAGAAAAUGUCAAAUGUGUUUGAAAAGACACGAGGAUGAGUGAAAUGACACAUUUUUUAUUUUUUGGGGAGUGGAAUAGCUUGCAUUUAUACUCAAUAUUUGGUUUGGUCGUUCUUCCCCCAUCUAUUCAACAACUAAAUAAACAAUGCAGUUUAUGGUGUAACAAAAGACCUUUUGUUUGUGUAAUGCAUGAUUAAUACUACAAUAAAGUAUUUUUUCUAGUCUUCCACAAGUUCCGAUCAGUUUGAAGAGUUUUGAUGAGUUUUGUAAGGUUUUUGAUUUACUACGAAUCAACAGAUUUUAAAGAUUGUACCACAUAGCAAAGCAACUGUUGAAAAGUAAUGUAUAUAAAAUGUCUAUAAUAAAUAUUAAAUGGUGUAUCUGUAUAUGCAA